UUCUGUUGUGUUCUUAGUGCUGAUCAUCGUAGUGAGGCUGACUGCAGGAGCCGAGACCCAAGGAGCUACUGCCUGAAACGUCCUGCAUCUUCCCCUACCUUUCAAUCUCCAUCUCUCUCUCUAUCCUGGAUGUGAAGCAUGGAUUCAAUUUACAUUUUUCUCGUCCUACUUGUUUCCCAAACCUAUUUUCUAGCCUCUGCAGACAGGAAAUUCGGUUGUCUGUUUGAGAACGAGUUGUGCACUCCAUACGAGAUCUGUGUCAACGAUGGAAUGCUCGGGAGGUGUCACUCCACGCCAGUUCCGGUGACAGAGGUGUACACCUAUGAUGUAUCUCUGUCUGUGGUUCAGCACUUCAGGACACUGCUGCAGAAACUCUCCCACAGAGGGUUGAUCUGGGAGGAUGAGGCCACCCAGCAGAUCCUGUCCAAGGAGCUGUCUAAGCUGAGGAAGAUCCCCUACAGACGCCUACAGGACUCCAGCCCCCAUGUCUAUAGCAGCAGCAAAUCCAGACCAUCUACCCAGGCUAUGGACUCAGGAGACAAAAAGAUCAAGCCUGUGGAUGUGGAUCUCAGUAGAAACCUUCAGAACAUCCUACAGCGUCUGGGCCUCCUUUCCCAGGCCUCGUCCCCCACUGGCCCCAUGAGUCCCAGCAAGAGUGACCGUUACCAAUCUGGCGUCUUCUCUGACUACUACCGGCCCAAGUCCCAAGGAGAGGGACAUUUUUCCCCACUGUCCUUCCAGCCUCCCUACCAGGACAGACACUCUGCAGGGAAUGGAGACCUCCUUGUGGCUGCCCUCAGGCACUACCUGUCUGGGCAGGGACCUCCCCAGACCGGGGGGGCCCCCAAAGUCCCAACCUUGCCCUCCCCUCUUCUACGCCUCUCCUACAGCAACAGUAUAGACAGUACUGGGCCUAAAGAGAACUCUCAAUCCCAAACACCCAACCUGGAUAGACUUUUACUCCUCAAGACAGCUGGAGCCAGUCAACCCUCUAGUCCAAAAGACCCCUUCAAUCCAGUGGAUGAGGUGUUCAUCAAUAAGUUUCUGAAGAACGUGGGCAGACACAAUGUGGACGUGGACGAUAUGAGUCCAAAAGACCUGGACCAGCUGUCUACACUGAUCGCUAACGCCCAACAGGUAGUGGAUCAAAAACAGCCUCAGGCCAGACCAGGACCAAGAGACCUGGGGGAGGAAGAGGAGCAGGAGGAUGAGGAAGGGAAUGAGGGGCCUGGGGAACAGGAGGGGGAGAAGGAGGAGAGUGACCCUCCAUCUGCCACAGAGAAAACGGCUCCGGAGGGCAAUCUCCUAGAGGAGUCUGUGGUCCAAGAGCGACAAAUGGAGGGAGACAGAGAGCCAGCAGGCUCCAAUGACAAGCCCCAGGAUGCCGCCGGCUUAUUUGGAAAGCUUCUGGCGUACCUGGAUAAGAGUGAGUCCCCAGCCCAGAGACUCCAGGGAGAUUCCCCCGGCCAGGCUGGUGUGGGUGCAGGGCUGGGCAAGGGCAGGGGUGUCGGUCUGGAGAAUGUCCGCAGUAAGACCACUCAGGCCGAGGUGGCAGUGCAGAAGAAGUCGACCCACUCAAUGGACGUGGAGGAGGUGGCUGCGGUGGAGGGCUGGAUCCAGGCAGUGGAGCCUCCUGCUGCCAAGAUGGUCUACCAGGAGCCCCUUAAGAAGAAAGUCAACAUCCAGGAGCUGCAGCUAGAUGUCAAAGCUGCUGUGGCCAAGAAGAAAACAACUGAUGAUGACUACGGCUAUGUCAUCACUGACACAGACGCCCUACAGACUGAUGAGGGACUCCACUUGAUGGAGAUUCUGGCACGGCGGGCCAAGCUGCAGAUGACUGACUUCCUGGAGCUCUCAGUGGUGGGCCCAGCUGUGACCUUCAGAGUACGACCUAAUACCCAGAAUGUCAGCACUGCAGAUGUGGCCAACGUAGCAGUUCGCCAGAAGGAUGCAGUGGAGAAGGAGGCCAAGGUGAUCAUUCUGGAGGCUCGAAUCACAGAUAGAAGCCAGAUCAGCCAGAUUCCCACCAGGUACAGCACGGCCGAGUCCACCAAGUUCCUGAUCUUGACGGUGGUGUCUAUCCUGUGUAUCGUGGCUGUGCUGCUGGCCUCCAUCGUGGUCUACUGCCUCCGACACCACUCUCACCACAAGCUCAAGGAGAAGCUCACCAACCUGGGAACAGACACAGGCAGCAAUGCUACGUCCACCUAUCAAGAACUGUGUCGUCAGCGGAUGUCGGUCAAGCAGCCGGCGGAGCGUCCAGAGCCGAUGCACAGUGUGGCGCCCCAGUUCAGCGACGGGGGGCCCAUCGUCAGCCCCGCGGCACAAAGCUCCACCUCCUCCUGGUCUGAGGAACCAGUCCACUCUAACAUGGACAUCUCCACUGGUCACAUGAUCCUGUUUUACAUGGAGGACCACCUGAAAAACCAAAAUCGUCUGGAGAAGGAGUGGGAGGCUCUGUGUGCGUACCAGGCUGAGCCCAACGCCUCGACUACAGGCCUGGGGGCCGGGAACACAAAGAAGAACCGCUUCAGUGCCGUGGUGGCCUAUGAUCACUCAAGAAUAACCUUGAAGGUUGAAAACAGCCAAGGCAAUUCCGAUUACAUCAAUGCCAGCCCAAUUAUGGACCACGACCCACGGAACCCAGCCUACAUCGCUACUCAAGGCCCUCUCCCCUCCACGGUGUCUGAUUUCUGGCAGAUGGUGUGGGAGAACGGCUGUGUGGUCAUUGUCAUGCUGACGCCCCUCACUGAGAGCGGAGUCAAACAGUGCUACCACUACUGGCCUGACGAGGGGUCUAACCUUUACCACAUCUAUGAGGUUAACCUGGUGUCGGAGCACAUCUGGUGUGAUGACUUCCUGGUUCGAAGUUUCUACUUGAAGAACAUGCAGACCAACGAGACGCGCACCGUCACGCAGUUCCACUUCCUCACCUGGCUCAACCAGAACGUUCCUGAGUCCAGCAGGACACUCCUGGACUUCCGCAGAAAGGUUAACAAGUGCUACCGGGGAAGGUCUUGUCCUAUAAUAGUCCACUGCAGCGACGGCGCCGGGAGAAGUGGAACAUACAUUCUGAUUGACAUGGUUCUCAAUAAGAUGGCUAAAGGUGCUAAGGAGAUUGAUAUUGCUGCCACCCUGGAGCACUUGAGGGACCAGCGGCCGGCUAUGGUCCAGACAAAGGAGCAGUUUGAGUUUGCAUUGACAGCUGUCGCAGAGGAGGUGAACGCCAUAGUCAAAGCUCUUCCACAGUGAGAGGAGUACCCACUACCGAGCCUCAGCAGCAGCUCUCACCAGGGAUCUCUCUUCCUGUCUCCCACUCCACAACUAAUCCUCUCCACCUCUUCUCCACCUCUCCGUCUUUGUGGAUGCCAUGCGAGAAAAGGUGACCUGAUCUUAGCUGUGCAAUAUGGCGCCUUUAUUGUUUUGUCUAUGGAGCUUGUUUCCAAACAGACAAUUUAGUGCAUCAAGAAUUUGACUGAUUGAAAAAAAGUUUUAUCUGUUAAAUGAUUGGAAUAUAUUAAUCACAAAAAUCUGUUUUUUAGAUCUCUAUGUAUGUGUGUGUAAAUUAUUAUAUUGGUCAUCACAUCUGAAUCAUAGGACAUAUUUAAGUUUGAUGUCUUUUCACUUUGGUCCCGUGUAAUAAACCAUACCAUGUAAUGUAGAUCAGAAGGAAAACUGCUCAGUUAGGUCAAGUGAAUACUGAUAACAAUGAUGCUGAUGGUAAUUCUAGUUACCAUAGUGAUAAUGAUACCAAGCAAUAUGUGUUUCUUCAGAUUGUUGAGACCUGGGUAAAUAAGUGUAAGUUGUGAGUAAACUAAACGUAGUCAUGCUAAUGCCUGCCUCAAGUAAAGCAGUUCUAUGAAUUGGUGUGUGUACUGUAUGAUAUUGUCAUUUUUGUAAAUAAAGCAGUUCUUCUAGAUGAA